AUAAAAUAGAAACAAAAUAAAUUUAAAAUCUAUUUUUAAAAAUUGAUUAAACUUUACCAACUUUCUAAUAAAAAUGCAGUACGAGAGACCCUUAAGCAUCUUUUUUCUAUGUGAAGUUUUUUUAUUUAUGUUCUCUUUUCACGGGGUAUUAAUUUCAGCUUAUAACGUUUCAAUCACUAAUAAUAAAAAAAACUGUACCUCAUUGGAGGUAACAUUUGCUAACGUAAAAAGAACUCGUAUCGUCUCAGUGCCGGUUAAUAAUUUUUUGUCGAAAUUCUUUAAAAAAACGACUACCAAACUUGAAACGUAUCUAGAUGAAGAACCCGUGACAAGAGAAGUCUGUUGCAAAGGUUACAAAUGGCAUUCACAAACUGAUUUAUGUCAACCUGUAUGCGCACAUAAUUGUCCGGAACAUUCGAUAUGUGUCGAAUCGAAUUUUUGUGAAUGUAAAGAAGGUUAUUAUUCAGCUCUUACAAAGCCUGAUGGCAAGCAUUACUGUGAACCGAUCUGUGAGCAGCCCUGCUCACCUCACAGUGUAUGCUUAAAACCUAAUGAGUGUGCUUGCCAAAAAGGCUAUCAGAUGGCAAAAUCUCAACACAUAAAAAUAUGUGAACCUAUAUGCGAGAUGGCUUGUCCUCCAAAAAGUAUUUGCAAAGCACCCAAUGAAUGUGUUUGCGAGCCGGGGUAUUUUAUAAACACUACCGACUGGUUGUGUAAACCGUAUUGCAGGUCACUAUGUCCUCAAGGUAUUUGUAUAGCACCAGGUCAAUGUGCUUGUGAAAAAGGUUAUAAGGCACUAAAAGGCACUUGUACACUUGAGUGUGAUUCAGAGCAAUGUUCUGAUACUUUAAUGUCAGCUGAAACUGAAGACAUUGACUUCAGUUACCCAGACGUAGGUAUUGAACACUCCACUCAAGUUACAAUAGAAACGGACACUACUCACGAUUUUUCCGAAGAACCCAUACACAAAUGUUCGCAAGAUUACGUUUACUAUCGCGGCCAAUGCCGACCGUUAAAGUUUUCUAGCACUAAUUGUCGCAUGGAGCCUUGCUCGGAUCUUAAUGCUGUCUGCCUGCAGAACGGUACAUGCAGAUGUCGCGAGGACUAUAUGGUCUUAACAUCUCUUCAAGGAAUUGAUAGUAAUAAAUGUGUUACUCUAAAGGAUUAUGAAUUUCAUCUGCAAAGCUUAAAUGGUGGCGAUAGCAGAGGAGAUACCUUUGAAACUUCUUAUAGCUGGAUACUGUUGGCAACAGCUGCGAUAGGAAUAACUGUAGCCUUAGGUUCUUUAAUCGCGUUUUUAGUGAGAAUUAUACGGAAACCACGUGGACAUUUGAAUAUUGGAGCUAAAAAUCUGUCUUGUGUUUAUGACAACAAAGCUUGUAUCGAAACACCGAAAACAAAUAUUUAAUGAAGCUGGAUUUCUUGAAAACUUCAUUUUGACUAAAAUUUAUUUAAAAUUGAAUAC